CUUAUCGGGAAGCAUCUGAAGCGCCGUUACAGGAGGGACGUCGAUUCCAUGGAGGAGGACGUUGCAACAGAAAUUGCUGUGGCCCAGAAGAUGGACUCUGCUGGUUGCGUGGCCAAGCUCUUGUGCGAAAUCGAGGCCAUGUCCGCUGACCAGCUCACGCCAGCCAUGUCCACCUUCAAGACCGCCUUCGACAACAACAGCAACCUCAAGGGAUCCCGAGGCGUCUACGACCUGGCCAUCACCUUCGGCUCCAAGUUCGCCAAGAAAGACGCCAAGGCCUGCAGCGCCCUCUUCGACAAGUGCGUCCUCUCCAGGGACGAUCUCUCCUUCAUGCUGGAUUCCACCUUCUCAUGCUAGUCAUGAGCACCGCAUUCUUACACUAAGCACCUCACAAUCACACCAUCACCAAGCAUACACGCAGGCAGACUGAGUGGAUCGGAGUCGUCACUGUGACCGAAGGUAGCUUUCAGACUGUCACUGACUGGACCUGAGAGUCACAGUGAAUAUCUGCAGUGUUCAUAACGCUAUUCAUUCUUUCUCACCAUCAAGUGAAAU